CAAUCCGUGAAGUCCUAGUGUCUUCUGUGUCUUAUCGAUAGUUAGGAGUGAAGUAGAGAUCAUAAUAAUUUAAAAUGAAGCUUGUUUUGGUGUCUGUAGUUCUUUCAGUUUUAUGCUUGGGUCAUGUUUUGAGUACAUCUGAAACGUCAUGUAACUCUGCAAUUAUUAAAUGCGAUAAUGAUCAUCCUACUGCCGACAGCUCCUCAGCCAAAUGCAGCGAGAAGAAACCUUUUUUCGACUGUGUUUUAAGUCAUGGGUGUGAAGAAUCGCACACUUAUUAUAAGAAUGAAAUAUCAUCCAAAUCAUAUGGAGAUUGCAGUGGCUCUGUGAAUCUUAUUAUGGGAUGGACAUUACCUCUUCUUCUCGUAAUUUCUGGCAAAUUUGUUACUUUAUAGAUCCUGAGAUACGCCCUUCCGAAACUGUUCACUGUCGCUUUCUAGUUCAUCGAAUUCUUGUAUAAUAUGAAAAAUUUUAUGGCACUCUUCAAUAACUUUGCAGCUUUAAUUCUACUUCUCAUUAUAUUUAUGUAAUUUAUUUUGCAAUAAAAUUUUAGUGUUC